UCGGCCUCCGGGCGUGAUGGCGGCGGCGGGAGACGCGGAGCAGCGCAGCACCCGGGACCAGCUUUUCGCUGCGUUGGACGACCUGGAGCUGCUGGCCAGGGAACUGAUUGAAGUGUUGGCAAUUUCACGAAACCAGAAACUUGCACAACCUGGGGAAGAGAGUCAGAUCUUGGAAUUGUUGAUUCAGAGAGAUAAAGAGUUCCAGGGAUUAAUGAAAGUGGCCCUUGAUCAAGGAAAAAUCCACCAUGAAAUGCAGCUGUUGGGAGCAAUGGUGGAGAAGAGAGACAGUGACAUUCAGCAGCUUCAAAAACAGCUGAAAGAAGCAGAGCAUAUUUUGGCCACAGCAGUUUAUCAAGCAAAAGAAAAACUAAAAUCAAUAGAAAAGGCAAGAAAGGGGGGCAUUUCGUCUGAAGAAAUAAUUAAAUAUGCUCAUAGAAUUAGUGCCAGCAAUGCUGUUUGUGCUCCUCUGACAUGGGUGCCAGGGGAUCCACGAAGGCCCUACCCAACUGACUUGGAGAUGAGAAGCGGUCUGCUGGGUCAGAUGAACAACCCAUCAGCAAAUGGAGUCAAUGGACACUUACCAGGGGAUGCCCUUGCAGCAGGCAGAUUACCAGAUGUACUUGCACCUCAGUAUCCCUGGCAAUCAAGUGACAUGUCAAUAAGCAUGCUACCGCCUAACCACAGCAAUGACUUUAUCCUGGAACCUCCUGGACAUAAUAAAGAGAACGAAGAUGAUGUAGAGGUUAUGUCAACAGAUUCCUCUACUAGCAGUAGUGACUCAGAUUAGGGACUCGUUAGAAUGUGUUAACUUUUGUGCUAGUGAAAGCAAACUGUACACUGUACAACACUCAGUACUUGUUCCACAAUCCAGAUGGAGGGUGCAGUUCACAGCAGAAAACUGUACAGAAUUAGUGCUCAUCCAAAAUGGCUGAUAACAAUACUGGAGAUAACUAGGCACACAUCUAGUGGCUAUGUCACAAUCUGUUGAAAUUAUGACACAUGUUCUUGAAAAAUAAAUUCCCAUGAUACUAGUUCUCGAAAAAUAAAUUGGAUGAGUAUGAGUAGUAAUAACCAUCAUAGAUUGGAUCUAGAGUAACCCUUCUGUUCAUGAAAUAUUCCUUCUGUUCAUGGAAAGGGCUGCGAUUCCACAGAGACUUCUGGAAGGGAAAUGGGCAAUAAUAAAUUUCCACACCAUUCUGGAAGGUCCUUCAACACCCCAGAGCAAAUCUUCAGGCAGUGCAGAGGGAAUGGGGAAUUGAGCAAAUUGACUUUCCUCAUUUCAUGAACAGAAGGUUUCAAUGAGCAGAACUCUGCUCACAAGAUCUCUGGAUUCAAUCCAAUAUCUAUAACUUUUCGAUGACUUCUUAAUACAAAAGAAAAAGGUUUUAAAUGCUAAAGGUUUUUUUUGCUAGGAUUCACCUCAUGACCAAAUUUGUGUAUGUUUUCUAUAGAAUAUGAUAUGCUUUGAACUAAUUUUGUAAUAUAUUGUGAAUAGCUAUCUUACAAAUAAAAUAUUACCACCAUUCAGCUUU